AUGGGUGGCCGGGCCGAGCCCCUGAGCCCCCUGACCCGCUGGUACAUCUACGCCAUCCAUGGCUACUUCUGCGAGGUGAUGUUCACAGCCACCUGGGCCUUCGUGGCCGAGCGGGACUGGAAGUUCCAGGGCGUCACCAGCGUCUGGGCCCUGUUCAUCUACGGCACGUCCAGCCUGGUGCUGGAGCGGAUGUACCUGCUGCUGCGGGGCCACUGCCCCCUGCUGAGCCGCUGCCUGUGUUACACCCUCUGGAUCUACCUGUGGGAGUUCGCCACCGGCUACCUCCUGCGCCGGUUCGACGCCUGCCCCUGGGACUACAGCCACUUCCGCUACCACUUCAUGGGGCUGGUGACGCUGGAGUACGCCCUCUUCUGGUUCCUGGGCUCCCUGGUGCUGGAGAAGCUGAUCAUCGGGAACACCCUGCGGCUGCGGCUGGAGGGGCCCAGCCCCGCGGCCCCCCCUGCCGGCCGCUUCGCACCCCGCAAGGAUGCCUGA